UUCACUUUUGAUGAUUAAGGCGUCGGAAACGGGGGUACUUGAAAGGAAUUCGUUUUUGACGCUAGUUGGCGGCAUGUCGCUUGUUGACCGUGACGGGAAGGAAAGGGUAAAUGGUCUGGUUGGUGGGUCUGCUGGUUGCCAGUGACUGUAUGUAGUUCUUCAGUCCUGAGGAAACCCCUGCGUUUUAACGAUGGAGAGUGAAGAGCUUUUUAUUAUUACAUUUGUGGCAGGAGCUGAAAAAUGUCCCGAACUGUACGAUUACAUGCGUGGUGAUUACUCACGAAAGGACAUUACUGAAAGACCCUGGAAGAAAAUUUCGAAAGAAGUUGUAAUGACAGAAGCAGUGUAUGUGCUUGUUGUUCAAAAUCCGACGCUGUGGCAGAUGAUCUCAAUUCUUACGGCCCAGGCAUCAUUGUCACCCGUCGUACUCGCAUUUUCAGCGGAGAGAACCCUGGCCAACAGCAUCCGUCGACGGGUCACAUCGCGAGUCUUCGACUCGUGCAUCUUUAGAGGAGCAGAAGUGACCGGGAUGGAUUUGUUAGUAAGGUGACAUCCGACAGAUAGACAACGUUCGAAGUCAAUGACCUCUUCUGACCGACCUACUCUCCUGUUACAACAUCUCUAUG